AUGAAUGUUGGUAAAAGUUCAACAAUUCACCAAGGAGACUCUGGCACGAAUGCAAAUGGCACGCAGACAAAACAGGUCGUUUUACAAGGACUCCAGCUGUUAUUCCACUGCGAAUAUCUUGCACUCGUCGAGUAUAUUGAGUGUGUUGUCCCAAUAGCAUUUGUCACGUACAAGUCCGUGCUUGAGCAGCUACCGAAUAUUGUUUACUACCCUGGCGGUGCUGGUAAUUGGGGAAUUUAUGCCGUCGUGAAUAUCUUGGUGUUUGCUGCACUGGAAGUUAUGUCGUUUCUGAUGCUGAACCAGUUUCUACAACGCAAGUUUGCGUUCUCUCCGUUGUAUCAGGUUGCGUUCGUUCUAGAAACCCAAGUUUACAUUGUUCAAGCGAAGUUGUUUCUUUCAUUGGUGAUUCUACUAUCAUACGAACUGGCUCAUCUUGGUACGAUUUAUAUGCUCCCCCUGUCGUUUAUGGUUCCUCCUUUAUCUUACUGGGUUGUGUGCCUCAUUACGUGA